CUAGUUAUCUGUGAUCGUAAACGACUUGAGUGACCGACGUUAUAUUGUGGAAAAAAUUUAAUAAACCUUUGAAAUGUCCCGUUAAUUUUUUGUUGUAAAUGUUGGAUAAUAUUUUUCAAUAUCCAAGUGGUGGAAUAAAAUAGGAGCGAUUUUUAAGGCUCGACAUAAAGUAGGUGGAACAUCAUGCCUUCCACACAUCUCAACCUUCGGGAGGAUGAUGUAGUUCGCUUGGCUCUGGAAUUUCUUCACAACCGAGACCUCCAUAUCACUCAGCUAUCUCUGGAAAGAGAGACAGGUGUAAUUAACGGUAAUUAUGCAGAUGAUGUCCUGUUUCUACGACAACUCAUCUUAGACGGCCAGUGGGAUGAUGUUCUCGAAUUUAUUCAGCCGUUAAGCACACUGAAGGCGUUUGAAGCGGAUAAAUUCAAUUAUGCUAUAUUACGACAUAAAUAUAUUGAACUUUUAUGCAUUCGAUCUGAGAUAAAAGCCUACAAUAAUGUGGAAAAUAUUGUAGACGAAGUUGUCAAAGUGUUAAGUGAAUUAGAAAAAGUUGCGCCUUCUAAGGAAGACUACUCAAACUUGUGUCUAUUGCUUACACUACCGAGUAUCACCGAUCAUGCUCAAUUUAAGAAAUGGAAUCCCAGCAAUGCACGUGUGCAAUGUUUUCGCGAAGUUUAUCCACUUGUGGAACAGUUUUUACCGUGCGACAAAAAAUCCACUGGCAUCGUGCCAAAAUGUGCAAAAAAUGACAGAUUAAUGCAAUUACUCAUAAAAGGCAUUCUAUACGAAUCUUGCGUGAAUUAUUGUCAAGCCAAAGCAACGGGGUCAAAGGAGGCACAGUCUAAUGAGGUUCAAUUUUCUCGUUUAUUGGAUGGGUCGGGUUUUGACGAAUCGGAUCUAAGCUUGCUUUCUUGGUUGCAAUCUAUACCGGCUGAAACAUUUAGUGUUCCAUUCGAGCAAAGAAUGCUAGAUGUAGAUGUGGAGAAAUUAGAGCGUCCAUCAUUGCACACAUCAUGGACUGAACACAUGCUUGUGACUCCAAUUAAACCUCGCACAUUCCCACACUUGGCUAUGCCAUUCAGAAGGCCUCGAUCAGCUGCAGAUGCUAUGACGAGAUCCUUACGACCGCUGCCCGAUGGAGCGCCACGACACCCAGCGCUCAUGGCUCUAUCAGCUAUCGAUUACGGUCCCACGUCGUCAUAUUUCGCUGGAUUUCAUUUAACGGGUAUAAAGGGAAGCAAAUUAAUGAACACGUCUGUGGACAGACUGUUCGACAACAAAACCAAUGAGAGUAUUUACAAUGGUCUGAAUGAAUCUCUGAAACCGAUCGACGAAACAUUGAAGCCAAUUGGCGAGUCGAAAACGAACGAGAGCAGCAUUGGGGCUUCCACUGCUACUACGCCUGAGCACAGAGGGCAAGAUUAUUCUGUGUCGACGUCUAUUUCAACGACGGCGCCUGUGCCGGAGCGCACACCGGUGCCGGAGAGACUUCUCCCCGCGCAGGUUGCUCUGCCAGGCGCGGACGGUGAUUUCAGACGCGAUUUGAUGAAGGAAUAUCAGAUUCAGAAGCAGCGAGAAUGCGACGAUUACCUGCGCAAUCUGUGUUCGUCAGACUUGAGACCGCAGAAACCGGUGGAGCAAGUAAAUGAUGCUGCAUCAGCUCUUCCUACGGUUGUCAAGUAUAAUCAAAAGCCGACUUCAGAACUCAACCACAAGAUGAACGACCAAAUACUCAUGAGAGAAAACGAAAUGACGGAUACGAUAGAGGUGCAAGAAGCUGUAAACGCGCAAAACAGAAAUGGCAGUCACCAAUCGGCACCCAUGUCGACGCCAAGCGCCGCGGUGGCUGAAAUCAACGGUUCCAGGCCGACAUUCAAACCGGUCACAGUACUCGAAGACCUGCAAGCUGUCCGCUGCGCUGAGUUCCAUCCCAAUGGGAAGCUGUACGCCGUCGGCUCCAACACGAAAACAUUAAGGAUAUGCACGUACCCCAAGAUAGACGAUGUCAAGGAUAGCAGUGCACCAACAGCCCCCACAGUGUUACUGAAGAGGACGAAGCACCACAAAGGCAGUAUAUACUGUCUAUCCUGGAGUCCCGCGGGAGAUCUCUUGGCUACCGGCUCAAAUGACAAGACUGUUAAACUGAUGAGGUUCAACAGCAAUACCUGUAAUUUGGAAGGUCAAGAGGUGGAGUUAACCAUGCACGAUGGGACAGUACGAGACGUUUGCUUCAUAGAGGACACCUCCAAUAAAACCAGCCUCCUCGUGAGCGGCGGCGCGGGUGAUUGUAAGAUAUACGUAACCGACUGCGCUACAGGAAAAACAUUUCAGGCACUGAGUGGGCACUCGGGCCACGUGCUGUCGCUGUACAACUGGGGCGGCGCGAUGUUCGUGUCGGGUAGCCAGGAUAAGACGGUCCGCUUUUGGGACCUGCGCACCGGCGGCUGUGUGAAUGUGAUCUCGCCGCCCGCUGGACACCCUGGAAAGGGCUCGGCGGUCGCGUCGCUCGCGGUGGACCCGAGCGGGCGGCUGCUCGUGUGCGGGCACGACGACGGCACGUGCGCGCUGCACGACGUGCGCGGGUCGCGCGCGCUGCAGCGGUUCGCGCCGCACUCGGGCGACGCGCGCAGCGUGCGCUUCUCGCCCGGCGCCUACUACCUGCUCACCGCUGGCUACGAUGGCCGCGUGGUGCUCACCGAUCUGCAAGGCGACCUAACGUGCGCUCUCCCCAGCGUGCCAGUUGCGAGGCAUCCGGACAAGGUGAUAUCGGCGAGGUGGCACCCCGACGACUUCUCUUUCUUAUCCACCUCCGCGGACAAGACAGCGGUACUGUGGACCAUACCGCCUGUGUAAACAUUCGACCUACAAUGAGCUACGUAUGAUUUGUUCCCUGAUUCUGAUGUAUACUAACUCGUUAACUACUUACAUUUAAUUAGUUUUUUUUUAUGGUAAUUCUGUGUCGAUUUCGACUGUGUUUAGAUGCUGUUUGUACAUGUGAGAGGUCAUUAGUGUUUUCGGAAUUAUUGAUUUGUAGUAAUUCGUUAGAAUUCCAGUGAGCGUAAUUUGUCUAAGUAUGACAUGCAAGUUUUGCCGUGAAUAGCAUUUUACGUAGUAGGUAAAUUAUGAUUCGUGCGAUGUAUAAGGUAAUGUUUGUAAUAAUUUUCCAGAGAAAUUUAUGGCGGUAAAGAAACGACCAAUGGCAACGAAAUCCAUGCUUGCAAAAAGUAAAUAAAUGUUUAGAUAAAUUUAAAUGAUUUUGAUGUGAAUUUUGUGUCAAAAGAGUACCUAUAAGUGUUGAGCAUUUGGUACCACGAUUGUAUGAAUUCACUAGUUGUAGCAUAGCCUGGCAUAUACGCCGGUAUAACGCUAAACACCGCUUCUACAUUCGAAAUGCAGCAUUAAGAAUGAACGACUCAGUAUUCAAUCUACUCGAAAUAUCCUUUUUACGGACAGUUUAGGAGAUACGUUUUUAUUACUUGCUGUAAGUGUGAGCUGAGUGAAAAUUCAGCCACUAUAUCUUUUAUAUAAUUCUUAAAGUACUUACAGUCUUUUAUUACGGUUUCCAUGGCGACAUGCAAACAUCACUUAAGAAUGUAUAACAAAAUAUAACAAUUAGUUUUUACUUACAAUUUUUCGAAAGUCGUAGUACUCUGUAUUAUGUAUGAAUUAAGAAUCAGUUGCACUGGCUUUAUAGUAUUUGUUAGUGAUGAUUUAUAGAAUUAUAUGAAAUGUAUGAAGAAGUAGAUUUUAUAGUUUCAUUGCGUAUACCAUAGCUUUCCUAGCAGAUCAGUUGUCUUCUAGUGAAAUAGCGUUUAGUCGCAAGUUGACGUUGGUACUUGUAAAUGUUAUCGAGUAAUCAACUUAGUUAUUGUAUUCUAUUUUACUAUCGAGAUCUAUAAUUACAUAUUGAAACACUACGAAAAUGUUUUUUCUCCACUUAGCUGUAGAUUUAAGUAGUUUUGUAAAUACAGUUAAGCCUCGAAUUGAUAUUUUACUAUUGAUAUUUUUUAUCAAUCCAUCGUAGAAUUUGUUAUAUUUCUUUCGAUUCAUUAUAAUAUCUGGCAUUGGAAAACGUGGAACAAAAUUUUUAUCACAUCAAACGUAGUAAAUCUGCGUAUAAAUUCAUACAAUAAAUUAGUUUUAAGUUUAUUUAACGAUGCUUUAAUAUAAUGGCUUGUGCAUUGCGAAUUCAUAUGUCGUCUAGUUUAUGCUUAAAUAAUGAUACUUGACGUGCACAAAUACCCUGUAAUUAAAACUAAUUAAGUUCUGCGCUAUGUAUACAAUUGAUUUAGUCUAGGUUCGAUCUAUGGUGUGUGCGUGCCCGUACACGCAUUAAUGCGUAUACGUACACGUACAAACAUAUCGUCACUCUGGACACACAGAGACGUGUUUCAUCUGUAUGGAAUGAGUUGUGAUGCUAUUUUGUAUUGUAAAAUUAACUUAUUUUGUCCAACGGUGCGUUAAAACCAAGGAAACUUAGGAUUAUCACAUAUAGUUCGAUAUGUUAUUGGCGUAAUAUUACCAAAUAGUACACUGUAUCCGAAUAGUUAGAAUCAUUCCUUCGCUUGCUCUAUGUUGUUAAGAGACUUUUUGCAAGAGAACAAAUUGCUUACGAGAUAUAUUUUGGGAGGGUUAUUUCUUCCCAUUGUAAGCGUUUUCACGUAUAUACAUUGUAUUAAUACAACUAGUAGCUAGAUAAUUCUCUCAACGAUUGAUUCUUUUUAAUAUCUAUUGAAAGUUAAGUUGAUUCCUACUUAUACUCACUGAAUGUAUCUUUUACUAAUCUCAUAUUCGCAUUGUUCGCUAGCACUUUUAGAUUUUAAUGAAUGCGAUGUUUUCUUUUGUUUACGAUUUAAGAAUGAGCUUUAAGAAUACUGUAAUGUUACUAAUGACGCGAGUUUGUGAUGUUAGUCACAAUUUUGUAAUAUAUAAAAGCUAUGGGCGCCGUUUUCCACAAAUUUUGAGGCUUUUACAUAUGUAUUGGUCAUAUACAUACUUGUAAAUUUAAAUAAAAAAAAAACAAAAACACAUUAA